GAGACUUGAGUGACCCACAUGGAACGCAUCCGAGGAGGACUCGUACAUCAUCGGCUUCUUCCGGCUUUUUCCGGUGAUCUCUGUUGGUUAGCUAGCUAAGCUGAUUAGCCUGCUACUGCCCGCUAAUGCUUGUCGGAUAUUUAUUGUUGGCUGAAUUGGAGUGGAUGAUUCAAAUAGAGUAGAAACAUGGCGGACGUCGAGGGAGAAGGAAUCUGCUCAUCUAUCCCUCCGUUGCCGCACCCUUCGUCUCGUAACGGCUCUGGUAGCGGUAACGUUACACCGGGAACCGGCGACAGCUGCCAGACGGCAACCACCGUUACUUCAGGCCCACGGCUAGUCCGGAUAGUGAAGUCUGACUCGGGCUAUGGGUUUAAUGUCCGGGGACAAGUUAGUGAAGGAGGGCAACUUCGGAGCAUAAACGGGGAACUGUACGCUCCUCUGCAGCAUGUGAGCGCUGUGUUACCGGGAGGUGCCGCCGACAGAGCCGGUAUAUCGAAGGGGGACAGGAUCCUCGAGGUUAACAGUGUGAAUGUAGAAGGAGCAACCCACAAGCAAGUGGUGGACCUGAUCCGGGCUGGAGAGAGGGAGCUGGUGCUGGCUGUGCUGUCCGUUCCGCCACAAGAGGCUGACUGCCUUGAUCCAGGAGACGACAUUUCAGCUCAGUCCUGCUAUGACUACUCUGAUAAGCAGGCCGUCCCAAUCUCUGUGCCAAGCUACAAACACACAGAGCUCAACCAGGAAAAGUUUGUGGUAUAUAACGUCUACAUGGCAGGCAGGCAACUUUGUUCCAAGCGUUACCGAGAAUUUGUGAUCCUACACCAAAACUUGAAGAGAGAGUUUGCCAAUUUUACAUUCCCAAAGCUGCCUGGGAAGUGGCCUUUUUCCCUGUCGGAGCAGCAGCUGGACGCACGACGCAGAGGCCUUGAAGAAUACUUAGAGAAAGUGUGCUCUGUGCGGGUAAUUGGUGAAAGUGACAUCAUGCAGGAGUUCCUGUCUGAAUCAGAUGAGAACUACAAUGGUGUGUCGGAUGUGGAGUUGAGAAUAGCCAUGCCGGAUAAAACUACACUCACUGUUAGAGUUCGCAAAAACUCCACUACAGACCAAGUCUACCAGGCUGUGGUUAUGAAGCUCGGCAUGGACAGCGUAACCGCCAGCUACUUUGCUCUGUUUGAGGUCAUCAACCACACCUUUGCACGCAAGCUCGCCCCGAAUGAAUUCCCCCACAAACUGUAUGUACAGAAUUAUACCUCAGCCAUACCGGGAACCUGCCUCACCCUGCGCAAGUGGCUCUUCACCACAGAAGAGGAGAUUCUGCUCAAUGACAACCAGCUCGCUGUCAACUACUUUUUCCACCAGGCUGUGGAUGACGUGAAGAAAAGCUUCAUCAAAGCAGAGGAGAAGAACUACCAGCUGCAGAAGCUGGCUGAGCAGAAGAAAAUGUCCAUGUAUCUGAGUUUGUUAAGGAGUUGCGAGGGCUACAAUGAAAUCAUAUUCCCCCACUGUUCCUGCGAUUCCAGACGUAAAGGCCACGUCAUAACAGCCAUCAGCAUUCACCACUUCAAGCUGCACGCCUGCACAGAGGAAGGGACACUUGAGAAUCAGGUUAUUGCAUUCGACUGGGGGGAGAUGCAGAGAUGGGACACAGAUGAAGAGGGCAUGGCCUUCUGCUUUGAAUACGCACGAGGAGAGAAGAAACCACGCUGGGUGAAGAUUUUCACACCCUAUUUCAACUACAUGCAGGAAUGCUUUGAGAGAGUCUUCUGUGAGCUGAAGUGGAGGAAGGAGGUGGAAGAGGAGGCCACAGACAAGGACAAUAAGAACUGCAGUAAAGAUGAAUAUUUUCCAGCUGCUGAGGCACAGAAGGGAUGGAGGCACCUAGGAAGGGAGAUCAUUACUUCUUAACUAGACAACGCCGUCACCAACUCCGCUCAGUCCGGCCCUCAUUUAGCCUCCAGCUAUUAGCUACAUGGUCAUCAUUUCCACUCCCAACAGCCUCCCCCCAUACACGCAAACCGACAAGCAUCUGCAAAUGAACAAAUUGGAUGAACAGCAGCAUAAGAAGCUUAAAACACAUGAACCAGAACUCAUAAAUUGAGCACAUCAUAAUCACGCAUAUAGCAGUGCUCUGUCAGAAAGAAUCAAGGCCUCUGUAGACUUAUGGAUUCGUUUAAGCCUUCCCCUUGUUGGCAGUGACUUGAAGUGGAAUGUGACUCGCACAUGAGGAGGCAUUGAGCCUACCUGGAAGCAAAACGCUGAUGUGAAUGAGGAAAUAUUGUUGGACUAAUAAGGAAAAGUGAAAGCUGUUAGUGCUCACUAAAGGGAACACAGACAACACUGAUCAGGGAUACUGAACGUUUGAACGCAGGAAGACACUAAGCUUCUUUAUAUAUGGAUCAAAGCAGCAGUGUCUUCUUUGUCUUUUUUUUUUUUUGCCAGGUGUUAGCGUGCAAAAAGUGUUUAUGCAUGGGAACAAUGGGUGCAGCAGAGCAGAACCCAAAAUGAAAGAGGCCAAGCAGAGCUAGCCCCUUAGAGUUUAAAUGUCACCUGAUUUAUGCCAUGUUAUACAUUUUUAUGUGUUUGCCGCUGAGUUUGCAUUUGAAAAUGAAGACUAUUAACAUUUUAAUGUGGAAAAAUAAGAGAAGAGAGAGAGGAAGGGAUCAUUUUGGGGGAUUAUCAAGAUACAUUUUUCAGUCAGUGAACACAGCUGUGAUGUUUGGAAACAUGAAUGGGAACAUGUUUAAUUUUUGUUUUAAAAGACCAAUGUUGCACUUUAUCCAACAGUAUUAACAGCCUCCAAAUUUAGGAAACGUAACCUAAGAAGAAGAAAGUGAGAAUAACACUAAAUCUAGCCUGUGCUUUGUUUACAUUUAUUUUCUGACUGACUGACUACAGUAUGAUUUUGUACUGCAUCAUCAAAUGGUAUGUGCAGCGUGCAGAGCCAUACAUUAAACUUCCAUGUAUUUAUAGUAUUACAUGACACUGUGUUCUUUUCUGCAGCAGUGACGUGGGGCACUGAUCAGACAAGUGACAGUGUGAUAGAGUUUGUUUUAAGUGUGUUUCCCCUAUGAGACAGCAGGGGUCCUACUCAUGCUGUCAGCUCUGCUGCAGCCAGUGAUUGCUUUGUUUCUAAGAGCUCCCACAGGAUUUAUAACAAGCCUGUAAUUCAAACUGCAGCACUAUUUAUCUCUGUAGCUGGUAUUCCCUAUAAUGUUAAACCGCUCGUGCACUCCACUCCUCAGGUUAAGUGGGGAGAGGCUUUCUCUGCAAAAAAAAGGGCAGCUUGUACUCUUCAUCAACAUGAUAGAUAUAAAGAUAAGUGUGCACAUUCACUGCAGGCUGUGUAGCAACAGCAGUGUAAUGUAAUAAACAGUGUAAUUUAAUGUCCCUCUAAAUGAGCCCAGUUAAUGUUCCUAUUCCUAGAAUGUCAUUAGAAUAAAGUUAUGUUAUAUGAAUUAUGACAUAAUUAUCUAAUGAUAAAAUAUUACAAAUCGAUACAACAUAUUUAAUUACAGGUUAUUUCAUCAUUUUAACUCUAAGGGUCACAUUAAAUAUUUAUAUUUGCUUAGUGCACUAUUUUGAUGCUACUACUUUAUUCAUCAUUUUGGCUUUAUUGCAUUAUGAACUCAUUUUGAAGGAUGCUUUCCAUACAUUUUGAAACUUUUUGCUUUAUACAAAGAGUGGUUCGAGAACAUGUUGAGGAGCAACUAGGUUCCACAAAAGCAGCCCAACUGUUGCCUCUGGUUGAUAUGUUUAUUAUCAUGAUAACAAGAUAAUCCUCAAUCAUUUGUGUUAUGACCUGGCUUAGUUUUGCAAAAUCACAUUUGAUAAUUCAAAAAUGAAUUCAUGCCCAAAAGCAAAAAAAAAAGUCAUGUGAUGCUCACAGUGAAUGUAAUCAGACUGUAAUAUUCACUCAGUUUGAAGCCUUUACUCCCAUUAGGCUAAAAGUGAUUAGAUCAGCAGUUUUUGGUCACUCUCAGCACAUAAAGAGUUGAAUACUGACAUCUUUCUAAGAGUGCUUGUUUUCACGGUGUUGCUGUUCACGCAGGCCAUUUUUAAUUGAUUAAUGAGCUUCAGCACACCUUACUCGGGGUGUUAAGGAGGUUUAAUUGAAUGUGUUUGAGUCUUUAAUUGAUUGGUUGAAUGUGCAGUCCUAAAGGCGAAACAGAUUUCCCAGGAUUCUUGUCUGUGUACUGAACCAUGUCUGACACGGUCGAUUGUCUGAUCUGCCCACCUUCAAGUGCGCCCCCCCCCCCCCCUACUUCUCUCUCUUUUUCUCUCUCAUCCUGACUACAGUUAAGUGUCACUAACAUUAUUUAUUUCAGUAAGAGAACAUGUUGAAUUCAUUAUUUGUUAAGUUCUUCACCUUAUAGGCUUCGGCUUACAAAGAGUCGCGCUAAGAAAGAGGAUGGACAUAAAACAACCUGCAGAUUCUUUGACAUGUUGAAAUGUAAAAUUUAAGACAAAAGUGUUUGGUUACAUCGCUUACUGUAAUAAAUUGUAACAUAUUCUUUUAAAUAAACGAUUUAUUGAUGCAAA